AUGGGUUUCACACAAAAUCCAUGGACUCCGACUAAAAGAAGAGGAAUGAUCGGAGCUGAAUUUACGAGUCCGGGUCCAGCAUGCGUAACACUACCAAGUCUUAUGGGACAAACGAGUAUAGACUCUAAAAAAGGUAAAGCUCCGGCUUUUUCUUUUGGAAGUAGACACGGAAGUAAAAACGAUAGUCCCGGACCUGGUCCCGGACAAUAUAACGUCACAGGAUUGAGUUCUAAAGUCAAAGUAAUACACGAUUCUUCUCCAAAAUAUACAUUCGGAUUAAAAACUCAAGCUGAAAAAAUCAAUAUGACACCUGCGCCUGGAGCGUAUAGCCCAGAAAGGGCCGUCACUGCAUUAGACGCAACUCCUAAAUAUACGUUUGGAAUGAAAACUCAAUUAGAAAAACCGAGUGAUGUUCCUGCUCCGGGUGCUUAUAGCCCCGAAAGAGCCGUCACAGCUUUGGACUCGACUCCAAAGUAUACAUUUGGAAUGAAAUGUCAAAUAGAGAAGCCGAGUGAUGUACCAGCUCCGGGAGCGUAUAGCCCUGAAAGAGCUAUUACCGCUUUAGAUUCGACUCCGAAAUAUACUUUUGGAAUGAAAACUCAAAUAGAGAAGCCGAGUGACGUACCCGCUCCAGGUGCUUAUAGCCCAGAAAGAGCUGUCACGGCAUUAGAUUCGACUCCGAAAUAUACAUUCGGAAUGAAAUGUCAAAUAGAGAAGCCGAGUGACGUACCCGCUCCAGGUGCUUAUAGCCCAGAAAGAGCCGUCACCGCCUUGGACUCGACUCCAAAAUAUACUUUCGGAAUGAAAACGCAAAUAGAGAAACCGAGCGACGUACCAGCUCCAGGUGCCUAUAGCCCAGAAAGAGCUAUUACCGCUUUAGAUUCGACUCCAAAAUAUACAUUUGGAUUAAAAACUCAAUUAGAAAAACCGAGUGACGUUCCAGCACCUGGUGCUUACAGCCCCGAAAAAGCCAUUACCGCUUUAGAUUCGACUCCGAAAUAUACAUUCGGAAUGAAAACUCAAUUGGAGAAACCGAGUGACGUACCGGCUCCAGGAGCAUACAGCCCAGAAAGAGCUGUCACGGCAUUAGAUUCGACUCCGAAAUAUACUUUUGGAAUGAAAACUCAAAUAGAGAAGCCGAGUGACGUACCAGCUCCGGGAGCGUAUAGCCCUGAAAGAGCUAUUACCGCUUUAGAUUCCACUCCAAAAUAUACAUUUGGAAUGAAAACUCAAUUAGAAAAACCAAGUGACGUUCCUGCUCCAGGAGCGUACAGCCCCGAAAGAGCCAUUACCGCUUUGGAUUCGACUCCUAAAUACACAUUCGGAAUGAAAACUCAAAUAGAAAAACCUAACGAAGUGCCGGCACCAGGUGCUUAUAGCCCCGAAAGAGCUAUUACCGCUUUGGACAUGACUCCAAAAUAUACUUUCGGAAUGAAAACUCAAAUAGAGAAACCUAACGAAGUGCCGGCACCAGGUGCCUAUAGCCCGGAAAAAGCUAUCACCGCCUUGGACUCGACUCCGAAAUAUACAUUUGGAUUAAAAACUCAAUUAGAAAAACCGAGCGACGUUCCAGCACCAGGUGCUUAUAGCCCUGAAAGAGCUAUUACCGCUUUGGACUCAACUCCUAAAUAUACUUUCGGAAUGAAAACUCAAAUAGAAAAACUUAGUGAUACGCCAGCUCCGAAUAUGUAUUGUCCUGAAAGAAAUAUUUGUGCCUUAGACGGUGCUCCUAAAUAUUCUUUCGGUGUUAAAUCACAAAUAGAAAAACCAAAUGACACUCCUGCUCCCGAUGCUUAUAAAAUAGAACGAUCCAAUACGAUUAUUUUGUACCACAGAUCUCCAAAAUAUACAUUUGGUAUACGACCAGCCGACGAAAGGCCAAACGAUACACCUGCUCCAGGUGCUUAUUCACCAGAAAAAGCAGAUCAGAUAUUAGAAACACAACCUGCACACAGUUUUGCACCUAAUAUAUAUAACAUGCCACCGGUGUUGGGAAAGACAAGAGAAGGAAACAAAUGUUCGGCUCCAGCAUUUACAAUGACCUCUAGGCAUAAAAAAUUACGUGAUGAUAGGUUAUCAGUGCCUGGUCCUGGAACCUAUGAUAAUUCAAUGCCGGAUUCAUAUAAUAAUAAAAUAAGAUUUCCAAGUUAUUCAAUAAGUUCCAGGUUUAAAUUACCAACGGAUGAAGAUUUAAAACCAGGUCCUGGAGCACAUUCUCCAGAAAAGGUAAUAUCAUCGCAAAAAUGUUCUCCAAGUUACACAUUCGGAAUAAAACAUUCUGUUUAUAUAACAAGUUUUACAGAGCCCAACACCAUACCUAGAAUAUACUUUUAA